GCCACCUUUGUCACUCUCGUCUCCCGUCUCCCGUCUCCCGUCUCCCGUUGGUCUUGCGCCGCCCUGGACCCGUCUUGGGAUUGUCGGAUUGACAGCCCUGCCGUGGGAUUAAUUGGAUGGCCUCCCACCUCCCCCUGCCAGACUCUUUCUACCCCCCUGCCCGCCAGCCAAGCCGGCUUCAAUCUACAUCAAGUGAUUGUCAUCCGCCUGCUGCGACUAGUUUGGCUCUGUCCGGGCAACAAGGCCUUUGGCGGCGUCGAGUCGCCGAACCUUCGUUUCGUCUCUCCUGGCGAGAUGGAGGGGUCCUCCACGCCGCCCAUCUCCCUUGUCUCAAGCAUGUCAGUCACCCGACAUUCAGUCGCGUCUCGGAGAAUAAUAUCAGUAUUGGGAAACAUGCGCAGCGGAUAAUUGAUACUAGUUGGAACACUCGCCCAAACACGCACACGCGCAUCACCAGGGAAGCUCCCGGCAUCGACUCGGAGGCCAAUGCAGGCAGGGGACGUUGGACAUGGGGACUUGUUGGAGAGAUUGCAGCUAAGAAGGCCGGAGCCGUCCCGGGAGGUCCCGUCUACCUACAACUCCACAUGGAUGCGUCUACUCCGAUGCAGUAUCCAAUACUUCGUAUGGGCCCUGACAUCGCCGUUGCUCGACGUGAUUUCGAGAAUCUUUUUAUGGGCGGGGGAGCAAGGGGGCACCGCUUCGUCCAGAUGAAAGCGACGGGACAUCACAGAGCCCAGUCGCCAGUUGCCAGGGGGGCGGAUGGAAAAUCGCAUUUGCUCGUCAUCACGGGCCCUGUCCUGGCCUGGCGGGGUCGGUUCCUGAAGCUCUUUGGGGCUUCCAGAGGUGUCAUGGGGCCGCGGACAGAAGCAAGGUUGCCCGGCACGUCUCAAUUAGACACUGGCCGGCUGGAUGUUGUAAUAUGCACGGGCGACAUUGGCUUCGCCCAAACCCCGGACGUGGCGUGCUGCAGCGCCAUGCUCUCGAACCCGGUCGCUCCCCAGUCCCCAGCCAACGGCCUGAGGAAUUCCAGCCGGGCCUUGCUCGGAUCCGGGGGACAGGUUGAGGCUGAUGACGAUGCGGAUGGUGGCCAAUUGACUGGCGGACGGAUAGCAGUGGCCAAAGCUGCAACUACCAGCACGGUAACGCCGAAGAAUAGCGGAGCCAGGACGUUGGCGAGGUAG